GCGCAGAUUUCACGAUUUCUACAAUUUCCUUAUUAUCUAUCCUAGGUACUGUUUUUGGUUGAGUCAUGUCUAUCAUCCGUAUAUUAACUGGAGUCUCGCAGCGCCCUGUAUACACUAACUUGGUCUGUUGUUUUCACAAAUAGUCUCUACACACCAGUUUAUACAAAGACUUGUGUAUACAUCUAGAAUUAUUAAGGGCUAAUUCGCCAGUGUUUGUUCUAUUCGCAUCUAUAGAGUUGUAGCAGCUUAAAAUGACAGAAAUAAACGUGGAUUCUGACGACUUGGUUGAAAUUAUAGAUCUUUCAGAUGAUACACACUCUGAAGACGAUGAUAUCCAGGUAGAAGAUCUCUCCAAAGGCCCUGAGGAACCCGAGGAUGCACAUUCCUUAGACAAUGGACCGAACAAUCCAAAUACUGACGGAAAUGUGAUAUUAACAUCGACAGAAGAACAAGUAUAUGAUAGACAAAUCAGACUCUGGGGGUUAAAGGCUCAGGAAAGAAUAAUGAAGUCACAUGUUCUCUUUUUGGGGAAAAAUGGAAUACAGGAAGAGGCAAUGAAAAAUCUACUCUUGGCAGGAAUGACCAUAUCCCUAAUAAAUGAUCAUAUCGUUACUUCGGAUGAUGUUAAAUUGAGUUUUUUUCUCAAGGAUGAGGAUAUUUACAAAUAUCACUCAGAAGCUCUCUGCAAUCGCAUGUCGUACAUGACUACCAAGAAGGAUAGGAUAAAUGGAACCGUAUCAAAAUUCCUCAACGAAGAUUCGGACGGGAACUACCAAGUUGAAAGUUUGGAUGCGCUAAAAAAAUUCAAUGUUUUGUGUAUAUCGGCCGAAGAUUAUCCUCUACACAAAUUGGAACGCGUCAAUGAAGUCUGCAGAACAUUAGAAAUUGCAUUUUUUGUCUCAAUGUCUUGCGGGAUAUACGGAUAUUUUUUCAUGGACCUACAAAACCAUACGGUGGAAGAGCUAUUCAAUAAAAACGCAAAAAGUCUAACCAUAGAAUAUCGCAAGCUAUCCGAUGUAUUCAACCAAGUUAGGUUUCCAAAGGGAUGCAACCCCGUCAUAAAGUCUAUAUUUGGGCUAGUCUCAUGUAUAAAGAUGGGAAAAACACAAGAUGAAAUGGAUGAUUUAUGCAAAAGAAUUUGUGGAGAAAUUGGCGCAGAUAUAUCAACUACCACCUCAAUGAUACAAAUGCACGGGCAAGGGUUCCCCGUCACAUCCAGUAUACUAGGAGGGUAUUUAGCUUUGGAAGUACGUAAGUAUGUUACAAAGCAACAUGAAACAAUCCCCAAUUUUUGCGCUUUCGAUAUGGAUACAUCCACAGUAGCCACGGCUAUGUUAUAAUAGAU